GCAUGGCCAAGCCUUGUGGGGUUCGCUUGAGUGGAGAAGCCCGUAAACAGGUGGAUGCCUUCAGACAAAAUCUUUUCCAGGAGGCUGAGGACUUCCUUUGCACUUUCUUGCCACGGAAAAUCAUAUCCCUGAGUCAGCUCUUGCAAGAGGAUUCCCUCAAUGUGGCUGACCUCUCCUCCCUCCGGGCUCCUCUGGACAUCCCUAUCCCAGAUCCCCCACCCAAGGAUGAUGAGAUGGAAACCGAGCAGGAGAAGAAAGAAGUCCCUAAGUGUGGCUUCCUCCCUGGGAAUGAGAAGCUUCUGGCCCUGCUUGCCUUGGUUAAGCCAGAAGUCUGGACUCUCAAAGAGAAGUGCAUUCUGGUAAUCACAUGGAUCCAGCACCUGAUCCCCAAGAUUGAGGACGGAAAUGAUUUUGGGGUGGCAAUUCAGGAGAAGGUGCUGGAGAGAGUGAAUGCUGUCAAGACCAAAGUGGAAGCCUUCCAGACAGCCAUCUCCAAGUAUUUCUCAGAGCGUGGGGAUGCUGUAGCCAAGGCCUCCAAGGACACCCAUGUAAUGGAUUACCGGGCCUUGGUGCACGAGCGAGAUGAAGCAGCCUAUGGGGCGCUUAGGGCCAUGGUGCUGGACCUGAGAGCCUUCUAUGCUGAGCUUCAUCACAUCAUCAGCAGCAACCUAGAGAAAAUUGUCAACCCAAAGGGUGAAGAAAAGCCAUCUAUGUACUGAGCAAAGGAUUAGAAGGAAAAUAAAUGAUUUAUACUUUAUGUAUAUUACCUCUGUCGUUCAUUGAGAGAGCAUUUAUCGAGGGCCUCCAUUGUCUCCAUGGUAAUGAAUACGGUGAUGAACGUGGGAGAGGGUUGGCUGGAGGGAUGGCUCAGCAGUUAAGAGCACUGGCUGUUCUUCCAGAGGGACCCAGGCUCCAAUUCCCAGCACCCAGAAGAUGACUAAUAACUCUGUAACUCCAGUUCCAGGGGAUCUGGACACCCUCUUCUGACCUCUACAGACACCAGAUAUGCACAUAUGAUGUCCACGCAAAUGUGCAAGCAAAACACUCAUCACAUAAAGCAAAAACAAAAAAAAGUUGAAAGAUUAAGUGGGGGAGGGUUCUAGGAAGUCGAGGAUGGGCUUGAGGCCCAUUGUGUUUUUCACAGAUCAUUCUAAAGAAUGGGGUAGGGGCUGGAGAAAUGGCUCAGUGGUUAAAAACACUGACUGCUCAUCCUAAGGUCCUGAGUUCAAAUCCCAGCAACCACAUGGUGGCUCACAACCAACUGUAAUGAGAUCUGAUGCCCUCUUCUGCUGUGUCUGAAGACAGCUACAGUGUACUUAUAAAUAAAUAAAUAUUUUUAAAAA